ACAGUCCGCCGCCCCGCACCGGCUCCGCACAUCGAGAGAGCUCCUUCUCCACACCAGGGAAGCCCCACCCACCUGAAGCCAAGAUGUCCAGUAAGCGGGCCAAGGCCAAAACCACCAAGAAGCGGCCACAGAGGGCCACAUCGAAUGUCUUCGCGAUGUUUGACCAGUCCCAGAUCCAAGAGUUUAAGGAGGCCUUCAACAUGAUCGACCAAAACCGAGAUGGCUUCAUCGACAAGGAAGACUUGCAUGACAUGCUGGCCUCACUGGGUUUUAUCCACGAGGACCACCUUCGGGAGCUACUCACCACCAUGGGAGACCGCUUCACAGAUGAAGAAGUGGACGAGAUGUACCGAGAGGCACCCAUUGAUAAGAAAGGCAACUUCAACUACGUGGAGUUUACCCGCAUCCUCAAGCAUGGGGCCAAGGACAAGGACGAUUAGGUCACCCCAGCCCCCCAGCCCCAGGCCCCUGUUCCACUCUCCUGCUCCCCACACUCACUAUGCUCCAUGCCCGUGACCCCACAGGAUUUUCUCAGGGGAUCCUCCCUCUGAGGGGCUAGGGGCCCAGCUCCCUGUGGAGGAACAGGCUGAGAGUGCACAGUGCCAGGCAAGGGGUGCAAAGCCAAUGUGAGACAGGUGUUCCACCAUGACCUCCCACCACCCCAAGAGAGGACUGUCUUCUCAGGAGCUUGGCCUCAUGGCUGCUCACCACAGGACAGGCCCUGUGUCCUGUUGGACCCAAGUUCACGUGCACCCCCACACAGGGAAUGACCACUCUUUCCCAGCCACUGCCACUGCCACAAAGCUCACCAAGGUCCCUUCUCAGGACAGGAUGCCAGACCCCUCCUCUGUGCCCUGCCCAGCCACUCCACCAGGAGUAUAAUCCAGAAGACGCAUGUAGGCUGGAAAUUGGACCCAGGGGAGGCAGAGUCUCCAAUAGAAGUCUGAGCACUGCUUUGGGUCUGUGUGUCUGUUGCUGGGGUGAAAUAGAGGAGCUUCUAGUCCCUAAAGAACCUCCUGCCCUCUCCUAUCCCUAGUGGCUGCCCAGACCCCUCCCCCACUCCCAGCUGGGGUAAGGCUCCCCUGAGACCAGACUAGGAGUGUGGACGGGGGCAGACAUAAGUGCUGCAGAAAACAAUCCUGGGGGAAAGAGAGGCCCAAGUGGGGAGGACCCUCAGGAAUCACCACAGUGUAUCUCUGUGGAGUGGUUCUGUGGCACCAGGAAGACCAGGGUCAGGUCACCCAGCCUUUAGGAUUAGAGCCUGGAUCUCCAGGGACACCUCAAUGCUCCUGGAAAGCCAGGUGAUCUUGGAAGAACAGGGAGGCUUUGGGAACAGGGAGGUAGGUGCCUCCCAGAAGCUCUGGCUAAAGGUGGGACCAGCUGAAGGUGGGACCGACGGGUUUAAGGGAUUCCCUGAGAUCAGCUCCAGGCAGCCACCAUGUGUGGCCUGGGCUGUGCCCUCUGCCCCUGCAGGGUCAGUUCAACUAUAUGACCAGUUUUCACACUGCACACAAGGUGGGCAGGGCUGGGAUCUCUGUCCCCAUCAUUCGUGUGUAACAAUGACCACAGCGCCUGAGGCACAAGAAGAACAGAAAUAUUGGUUCAAUGAACAGAUAGCCAAGAGGGGCAGGGACUAGCUGAAGUCACCCAGUGGAUCUGGGGCAGAGGGAGGGCUAGAUCCCAGCCUCUAGAUCCCCCACAGGGCUCGGACCUGAGCUACAAACAUCCCACCAGACCCCAACAAAGGUUGGGGAGCAGCUGCUGGGCCCGGUGCGAUCCUGACGCCUUCCCUAAAGUCACCCAUAGCCAGUCAACCACAGCACAAAGCAGAGGUCUGAGAUCAGAACCAAGGGAGUGCUGAGCACUAAGUGGACUGUGGACUGUGUCUUGGACAAGGAGGGUCUAACUACCACAAGCCUCUCCCCACAUCAGCUCCAGGCCCUGGCCAGAAGCCCAUGAAACAUCCCCUCUCUUGCCUCCAGAUGGAGCCCCACGAGUCCCUGAUCUCCACUCCAGGUGAAGCCAGCCCCAAACGUGUCCUGACCAGGCUCAAAUACUGAGGCAGACUAGUCUGACCAUGCCCUCAACCCCCGCCCCAGAUAGAGGGCCACUCACUGCAGCCAGUCCGAAGGGAGGGACCAGGGAGUAGGGCAGACUCUGGGCGUCCUCUGAGGACCCCCAGAGCGCUAGCCACAUAUGUUCCUUUUCUUAAGAUUUUAUUUCUUAAU